AUGACUCUCCUCUGGAUAGCAUCCGCCUUUAUCCGCUGGGUUCGCCUGAAGAUCUACCAGUAUGAGGUGACCUUCGCCGUUUAUAUGCUUACUCCUACGGAGAAAUUCAUCUUCAACUCCAUCCUCCUCACCCUUAUCUCCAUGAUCCUUACCGCUAUCUACGUCUACCUACCCGAUCAUCUCCGCACAAUAUACGGCCACCUCUACUACUACUGGGUUGGUGAGAGACCAUUUGCUUCGUCAGGCAUUGCCGCAAUCACCACGGCCUUUCGCGAUAGUGGCACUCAGACUCUGGAGGUGAUGUACGAGACGGCCCAGAAUACGGCUGCGACGGCUGCUACAACAGUUCCGGGGUUGUAA